AUGCUUUCCCUCCUCCUUCUGGCUCCCGUUCUGGUGGGCCAGACUGCCGCAUCGCCAGACUCUGCCUUGCUCCUCAACCGGGACAUUAUUCCAGCCACCACAGGCUGCCCAGACGACUGGCCCCUUUGCGGCGACAGCGUCUGCUACAACCCAAGUGCAGGCCAAACCUGCUGCCCUGGAGGAACCUACGCCUGCCCCUCCACCACCUUCUGCCUGUUCGAUCCCUUCUGCUGCCCGAACGACCAAACGCCAGAGGAAUGCGCGCGACAAAAUGGCCUGGUCCUCUCAUCAACAGCUUUAGCUCCACAGACGCCCGAGCAGACGCAGUUUCCCACGGAGUCCAGUGACUCAGGCUUCAGCAGCACCAGCGACCCGCUGUUCCCGCAGCCAACUACUAUCGUGAUCUCGAGCUCGGCGAGCAGUAUCACGAUUAGCUCGACGCCUGUUCCCACUAGUUCGACAGCGCCGUGGCCGUCAUGGAGCGUGACGCCGGGCGUGGAGGAGCCGGUUUAUACGGGCGCAGGUAGCGGUCUGGGAAGAAGCGGUGGGGAUGGACUGGCGCUGGGCAUGGUCGCUGCUUUGGUCGGCGCGAUGGGAUGGUAG